CAAUGACCUUCACCAGAUCGCUCUUUCUGCAGACACAAUGUUGUUUAUUAUUAUCCGCUGCUGGUCUGAUCGGGUUUUAUUUACCGAGCACAUGAUGAAGAACGAGGCUGGAUAUAGUGCAGCUUGGCCCGCAUGUCCCAAAAUGUCUCCUUAUCGACGUCCUAGAGCCGAAUUGGUCCAAAAAAGGACCUACUGAAACCCUUCUCAGACAGCAGAAGAAGAGCCAGGGAGGAAGGAUGGACUCCAUCUCUAUGAUGGGCAGCAGCAGGAGCCCAGUGUUCCUCACGGCGCCGUCCUCCCGCCACCUCCGCCACGCCCAGGCCUGCUUCCUGCCCAACAGCACCAAGAGUAGAGUCGGGGGCCCGGAGUCGGCCUGCUGUCUGCCCGGCCAGCCCACCGUGGCCAUCCUGGGCUCCGGGGACUUCUCCAAGUGCCUGACCAUCCGCCUGCUGCGCUGUGGCUUCCACGUGGUGGUGGGCAGCCGCCAUCCCAAACUGGCGGCCCAGUCGUUCCCUCAUGUGGUGGAUGUGACGCACCACGAGGACGCGGUGGGGAAGGCCGCCAUCGUGUUCCUGGCAAUACGCCGAGAGCACUACUCUGUCCUGUGGGACCUCAAGCAUCUACUGGAAGGAAAGAUCCUGGUGGAUGUGAGCAACAACAGAAGGGUGAACCAGUAUCCAGAGUCCAACGCUGAGUAUCUGGCCUCGCUGCUGCCAGACUCCAUCACCGUCAAAGGCUUCAACGUCAUCUCAGCCUGGUCCAUGCAGCAGAGCUGCCCCGAGGACGCCAGCACACAGGUCUUCAUCUGCAGCGACUCGGUGGAGGCUCGACAGCAGAUUAUGGAAUUAGCCCGCCAACUCAACUUCCUGCCAGUGGAUAUGGGCACCCUGUCUUCCUCGCGGGAUAUCGAGAACAUUCCCAUACAGUUAUUUCCCGGCUGGAAGGGCCCCGUUCUAGCCGCCGUGGCCCUCUCCAUCUUCUUUUUUGCCUACUCUUUUGUACGUGAUAUCAUCCACCCCUAUGUGAAAUACAAGCAGAGUGACUUCUACAAGAUCCCCAUAGAGAUGGUGAACCGGACACUUCCCACUGUGGCCAUCACUCUCUUGGCGCUGGUGUACCUAGCGGGCCAGCUGGCAGCAGCCCACCAGCUCUACUACGGUACAAAGUACAGGCACUUCCCCCACUGGCUGGAGGGCUGGCUGCAGAGCCGCAAACAGCUGGGCCUGCUCAGCUUCUUCCUGGCUGCCGUCCAUGUGGUCUACAGCCUCUGUCUGCCCAUGAGGAGGUCUGAGAGGUACCUGGUGCUCAACACCGCCUACCAGCAGGUCCAUGCUAACGUGGAGAACGCGUGGAACGAGGAGGAGGUGUGGAGGGUGGAGAUGUACAUCUCCUUCGGCAUCAUGAGUCUGGGGCUGCUGUCGCUGCUCGCCAUCACCUCCAUCCCCUCCGUCCACAGCACGCUCAACUGGAGGGAGUUCAGCUUCAUACAGUCCACGCUGGGCUACAUCGCCCUGCUCAUCGCCACGCUGCACGGCCUGCUGUUCGGCUGGAAGCGUGCGUUCGAGGAGGACGCGUACCGCUUCUACCUGCCGCCCAGCUUCGUGGUGUCCCUGGCGCUGCCGCUGGUGGUGGUCCUGGGGAAGCUGCUGAUGCUGCUGCCCUGCGUGGCCCGCCGCCUCCACAUGAUCCGCCGCGGCCUGGACAGCUCCCACUACUGGUGCCAGAGGCUGGAGCCGGUGGGCUCGGCCGCACACGUCUCCCCGGAGAGGGUCACCAUCAUGUGACCACACACACACACACACACACACACACACACACAGCCAGUGGCGGUUCUAGACCAGGUUCACUGGGGGGGCCGGUGUUUAAUCAGAGGGGCUCAUUAGCACAUUUAAAAAUGGCAGAGAUGAUAUUUAAAGCAUUUAAAAUCUUUAUUUUAUCUCAUUUAAACAUCUCAUUUAAGUGUAUUUGGAAGAUACAAAUACAUUGAUUUAAAUAAUGAGACUCACCAACAAUAACAGGUUUUUUUGUAUGAAAAUGACAUUUCUGAUUUUUGUGCACAAUCACUUUUUUAUUUUGAAAGUGCAAUACAGUCAGAAUAUAUAUUUACAUACAUAUAUAUAU